CAGUGGAGUUUGAAGUUUAUUUUGCAGUUUGCCAACCGCACCCUCUGUUAUGUGCGUCAAGAAUUUAUAAACUUUAUAUUAUCCGUAAUGGUGUCUGAUCGUGUGUAAUCUAAAACUAUUAAAUAAUCAUGUCGUUAGAGACUCGAUCUACUUCAGCUCUUUUCAAAAGGGCUGAUCAGUUGAAACGUUGGGAAGAAUCGGAUACUAAUCGGGAACCAGUGACACCGAAACAAAAAACUCGUAAAAUCAAAUUUUCGUCGGGAUGUGUGUUUCUGGCCGCUUGUGCUGCUGGUGAUAAAAAAGAAGUGCUGGAAUUGUUACAUAAAGGAGCCGACAUUAACACUGCUAAUGUAGAUGGAUUAACUGCCUUGCAUCAGGCAUGUAUCGACGACAACCUAGAUAUGGUGGAGUUUCUUGUGGAAAAUGGUGCCGACGUCAACAGAGGAGACAACGAAGGCUGGACCCCUCUUCACGCUACUGCCAGUUGUGGAUUUCUUUCAAUCGCCAAAUAUCUCAUCGAAAAAGGUGCACAUGUAGCUGCCGUAAAUAAUGAUGGACAAUUGGCAAUUGAUAUUGCCGAGUGUCCAAAGAUGGAAUCAUUGCUCAGGGAGGAGAUUGCAGAAAAAGGUAUUGAUUGUGACGCAGCUCGAAAUGAAGAAGAACUUAUAAUGUUGAGGGAUGCCAAAGAUUGGUUAGCCACAAAAAGUUCUUUGGUGAAUGUUGCGCACCCUAAAAAUGGAGCCACGGCUUUACAUGUAGCAUGUGCGAAAGGAUACACCGAUGUAAUAAAAAUAUUGUUACAAUGUGGGGCUGAUGUUGAUGUACAGGAUGUUGAUGGUUGGACUCCGUUACAUGCUGCUGCGCAUUGGGGGCAACAGGAAGCGUGCCAAAUUCUGACUGAAAAUUUGGCAGAUAUGGAAGCUAAAAACUUUGUGGGCCAAACAGCAUUUGACUUGUGUGAUACAGAUAUGUUGUCGACUCUAGAGGAUCUGCGGCGGAAACAAAACAAGGAAGAUGUUUAUAAUAGAAGAAUAUCGAAGAAAAGGACAGAUAUUAAUGAUAGAAAUUUGGAAUCUGAAACACCAAGCAAAGUUAAAAAAGUGGAUGCAGAUAAUGAUAAUAAAGUUAUUGAAAAUACAGAUAUGGAUGUAUCAAGCGAAAGUGAAUCGGAAUCAGAAACGGAGUCAGAGAGCAGCUCUGAAAGCGAAUCAGAAAGCUCCGACGAGGAAAAGAAGAAUAAAAUCAAUGCUAUCAGUGGAAGUAAUGAAAUUACAACGAAUGCAGUUGUGCCUAAGAAAAUCGUUGACGACAAAGAGGAAAUCACAUCUAGAAGAAAAAUUACGAAACAGAAUUCGGAUCUUAGUCCUACUAAAAUUAAUAAUAUGGCGAAUUCAGUUGAAAAUUCAAAGAGUGAACCUGAAAUUACUCCAAGAAGACCUCCUAUCGUACAAAACGAAAAAUUGUCUUCCAAAAAAGAAGAAAAGGAGAUACCAAUUAGUACAACAACAAUUACAAAUACCACAACCAACAUAUCACAAGAAAAAACCUCACCAUUAUCUAGUCCUCAGCCGACUAGUAACAGUCCGCAGUUUAUAAGAAGUGGUCUUAAGUUACAAAUUCCGUCAUCAAAUCCCACAACUUGUACUGCUAGCCCGACUACUAAUACCAGUACGUCGACAACUCCCACCACGCCGACUGGAACCAGACUGCAGAUGCUCAAAAACUUCUUUAAAUCAUUUGUUCCUCCUGUUCGGGAUGAAGAAAGUGAAACUCAAAGGAAGGCUCAUGCAAAGAGAGUUAGAGAAACGCGUCGAUCAACUCAGGGUGUUACUUUAGAAGAAAUAAAAUCAGCUGAACAGCUAGUUAAACAGAAAAAUCAACCGAAUAGUGGAAAUGAGGGAAAGCCUGGAGCCAAUGGAGAUUCUCCUAAUGGAGUAGUCGUUACCGCCACCAUCACAACUGGUACUCCCACUGUUAUUACAACUCGAGAGAGUGAAGAGCCACCUACAGUACAUGAAAGGAGGCCCUCCUGGAGGUUACGAGUAGAUAAUGGUACUAGCAAGUUUUUAUUGGAAGACGCUUCAAAACCUGCGGAACCUCCAAGUACGCCUUCGUUCAUUCGUAGAACGAAUCCGGCCAUUCCUAUCCAAAGACCAUCAUCUGCACCACUUGAAACAGCAGAUACCACGAUAACACUGCCUUUGAGAAAACCUAAAACUGUAGAAGAAAAAGAUCAGGAUAAAGAAAAUGAUAUCAGAAAUGCCCAAGCGACUCUCGCCACACAAGCUGCUAUACAAAGGAGAAGAAGGCCGAAGAGAAGAUCAACAGGAGUUGUUUCAUUUGACAACGUAGAUGAUUUGGAACAAGAAAAAGAUUCUUCAAGUGGGAAAGACUGUGAUGAUACUACUAAAUUGAAUCAUUUGGAGAGCGGGACAGAUCGAAGUAGUCGAUCUAGAAUAAGUAGUUCGUCAGAUAUUCGAAACGAGAACGGCGAAAUCGAUUAUAAAAAAUUAUACGAAGAGCAGCUAGCAGAAAAUGAGAGACUGAAAGAAAAACUCAGAAAAUCCGAUGAGGAACUCAGAGAUACCAAACAGACAUUGGAAAAAAUCAAUUUGGUUACAAGUAAAAAUUCUUUAUCAGAGUUAGAAAAGCGCGAAAGGAGAGCUAUGGAAAGAAAAUUGAGCGAGAUGGAAGAGGAACUGAAGAAUUUGGAAAAUCUAAAAUCCGAAAACCAGAGGUUGAAAGAUGAAAAUGGUGCUCUUAUUAGAGUGAUCAGCAAACUGUCAAAAUAGCAUAAGUUUUAGUUGUUAUCAUUAAUUGCAUUUUAUGUUAAGAUGACUUUAAUAAUUUAUUGUUAGAAAUUAAUUUAAAAAAACAUGGAUUAUCCAUUUUUUAAAAAUGAAACCUUUUCUGUAGCAUAAAUAGCUGUCAAAAGAAUGAGGAUAGAUAUAAGUAUAAUAAUUUCAUAAACAUUAUCAAGUAUAUUUUCAAAAUUUCCUUUUUUACUAAAAUAUAACACAGCUUGAAUAUUUUUUGUAAAAUUUCCUGACAGAUUUCAUUAAUUUUUAGUAUCAGUUUUCUUAUUUUUCAUUUUGUAAUAUACAGUCACUGACCUUUUUUAACCUUUAUUGUGCGUUUAACUGAAUAUGAAGAUAUCUGAUUCUUGCCAACAUUUGUCUUGGUACAAAAUGUACCAAUACAAAUUUCCUUAAGUUCAACGCACGGUUAGGCACAGUUCCAAGUUAUUAAACAGCUAAAAUAUUUCUAUAGAAGAUCAGUUAUACCAAAAUAUUUACCUUAGAAGAAAGAAAUAAAUUUUUUUUUCUUAUCAAAAAUUAGUUUUAGCUUGUCCGGUGGGGACCCUAAUUCUAAAAGUAAUUUUAAGAACUGCUGUUACAGUUGUAUUAAUUUUUCGUUUCAGUAUUUUACAUAUAAAUAUAUACUUGAUGAUAAUUUUUGCAAAUAAAGAUUUCGAAAAAUAUCUACCCUUUGUUGUAAAUUGUUAUGUAGUUAUGUUGAGAGUAUUAUGUUACAGAUUUGUGCUACUGGAAAGUAUGUACAUAUUUUAAAAAAUGUAAAUUCCUAAUGAACUUAUAAAUAACUGAGGCCUUACAUUUUUUAAUCAAGAAAUCAGGUUUGGUACAGAAUUUUAUGUGUAUAUUUAAUUUGUUUUUUAUUUUGAUAGCUUCAAUUUAUUUUACAAAAGUUUGAUUUCAAUAAAUCGCAGGGUUAAUACCAUCAAUAUAUUAAUGAGAAUUCUAAUCGUAACAUAGUUUUCAAUUUGAAAAUUGGUCAUGUAGAGUAAUUUCAUUAUGUACAGGGUUAAAACAUACUCCAGAAAAUUGUUUUUAAAACAAAAAUUCAUUUAAUCAUUUUCUUUUUUGUUUUGAUACAAUUUUUGUGAAUGUAAUAUGUGUAGAGUAAUUAUUAUAUUUAUUAAUAACUUUUUGUUGUCCGUAUUUCGUAUAUGUCCGAAAUUUAUUUGAUAAUAUUGAUUAUUUAGAAAAGUAGCUCAGGAUCGACCGGAAAUCCAAUACUAUUCCUUCCUCUCCACGUUUUGCUCCAUUUUGAACAAGGUGUUCAACAAUUCCAAAAACUUAUCUAUGUUAGUACUAGUGAGCACGUAACCCCAAGGAAUAUUAAAUAUUCUUUUCACAAUUUUUCCGUAUCCUGUGCGAAUAUUUCUUUUUAUUUUGUAUCGAUUGUUUGUCCUUUUUGAAGCCUUCGAACUCCUUUUAUUUACCAAAAAGUACCUUAAUUCAUGAUUGGGUACUUUGGUUCCAAUUAUCACCAAAUAUAUAAUCCAUGUAAAUAAUAGAUAAUCAGCAGUCUAAACAUUCUUUUUUGUUGUGUAGACGACUUGUCCAAUAAAGAGAAAAAAUGAAUGGAGAAUUAUAGAGCAAAAAAAUCUUACAUCUGAAAAAUAACUAACAUAAAAUUAAAAUUAUAUCUUAAAGUUAUAGAUAUAGGUACAAUAAUAAAUAACGACAAGAUGUGGCUACAAUUAGAAAACUUUUGAUAAUUGAAGUAUGCAAGGAGGAAACAAGCACAUGAAACGGAGAGUAAUUAGUCUUGCUCAAAUGUAGUGUUUCUAUUGCAUCAGCUCUGCAGAAGAGCAACUCCUAUAUCGGGGUCAACUCCUCCUAUAAAAAUUUUCUCUUAUCCAACGAAUAUCUCUCUUUUUUUUUUCUAUAGCAUCUCAUAUUUUAACUGGAGGCUAGUCACUUUCAUAUAUCGUUAAAAAUUCGAUACCUUGUUUAAAUUUGAUGGAUUUAGACAUUGUUGUUUCAAGUAUUAACCAAAAAUAUUACACUAUUAUUUGUUCACUAAUGUUGUUAAUUUUUCACUGUUGUUUUAUAAAAAUGUUUUAAAUUGAUUGCAUUUAGAUGAAUUUAACCUGGAAUCUUUGUUUCAAAUUCAUUAUUUACAUCAAAAUACUUUGAUAAUAUUUAAAACUUUCAUCAAAUUGUUUAAACUAUUUACCUGAGUGUAAUUUUAACGAGAAAUUGAAAACGGUUUAAUAAAGUAAGAAUAAAUUCUGUCCCAAACCUAAUUUCCAACAAUUGAAAAUUGCGCGGACCGUUGAUGAGUUUUUUACACGACUUCGAGUAUUAUUGUUUGUAUUUAUUGACUUAUCGACAAUAUUGAAUAUGUAAUAUAAAUAUGAAGUAGUUAGUUAAGAAUUUUACAGGAUGUCAAAUAAAUUGCGUCUUCCUUCACCUAAAGCAGAGGUUUAAUUUGGUAAAAGAUUUAAUAACAAAAACUUAGCUAUUAACUAGCUGUAUAUAAUAUUUAUUAGUAUUUUGAAAUGAAUGUAAUUUUAUAAAUUACUGGCAGCAGUCCACUCAGAUGAUGAACAUUUUAAUUCUGGAGUGAAGUGAUAGAUCCAUGUUUCAUCCAUAGUCACAUAUCGAAGCAAAAAAACUUAAUUAUUAUGUGUAAACAUGGCCAAACAAUGCUCUGAAUCAUUAGCACGCUGUCGUUUUUGAUCGACUGUGAGUAAACGCUUUGUCAUGGACAAAUAUUCAUACACAAUUGUAAACACACCUUCUGAUAUCUUUACGCCUUCGGCUAUCCCACGCAAUUUCAAUUUACGAUUAGGUAUAACCAAUUUGUGGAAUUUUUUAAUGUUUCCUGGAGUAACCACCUUAAUUGAAUGACCAGAACGUUCACCAUCAUCGGUGUAUGACGACCACGUUUAAUUUCAGCGAACCAAUAACAAAUGGUUCUUUUCGAUGGAGCAGAGUUGAAGCCAUUGUUUUGAAAAUAACAAAAGUAGCUUCACUUAAAUGGCUGUAACUUUUUUCUAAUUAAUCGAAAUGUCAUAAAAGUUCACACAUAGUUUUUUUAAAGUUGGAUUUUAUAAACGUCAUAGGGAUUUGACAAUGGCAGCAUUAUCUAUGUCAGUCACACGACUUAUUGAAUGAAGUAAUAAAUACUUAUUACCUAACUUACAUAUGAGAAAUGAAACAAAAAGUAAAGUACAACAUUAAAUAAUUUUUGUAUAAAUAUGGCAUCACAAUACAUGUAGGUUUUCUGUUCUUUUUAGAUCAAGAACUGUGAAUUAAUUCAUGUAUAGCUUUUCUUGAUCUAUACUUUUAAGUUGAGUAUUGAAUCUUUUUAAUGCAUUUUCUUUUUCUAUAUCAUCUGGUAGGUUGUUAUAUAAUAUAAUCCUUAGGUACAAAUAACUUCUCUGUCUCAUGUUCUUGCUCAUAAAAGGUGCAACAUACUUUGUUUAUUUCGAGUUUCAUAGCUAUGUAAGUUAUCGUAAUGUAAGUUGACCUGCAAAUAAUAUAUUUGACUGACUAAUAUUUUCGCUUCAGUGAACAAUUUAUAAGUGGGAUAUUUGUUCAGAAGUAAUUUCGAAAAUUUAUUUUACGAAACUUGUAGUGCAUUUUAGCUCGUUUUUGAAACACCUCCUCAGUCUAUGAUUCCAUAAUUUAAAUGUGAUACCACUAAACUUUGAUAAACCAUAAUUCUCUCUUUUUUAUUCAAGAAUUUCCACAAUUUUUUUGUUAAGUAGUCCGCAUAAGUUUUCCAUAGAAAUGAACGAUCUAACAUUAUUCCCAAAUAUCUAAUUUCAUUUUCUGGUUUUAUUGUGAAAGAAUUUUGUAUAUUUAUGUCAAAUUUUGGAAGGACUGUCUCGAGGCUACUGAAUAAUCCGAGAAUAAUCUAUAGUUCAACCAAGUUUUAAUUUCUACAAAAUCCCUUUCAAUUCUCAAUUUCAAAUAGUUUUGUUAUAAAUUAACUUGAUUGUAGGUUUCUUUGAAUUAAAUUUUCAUUUAAAAACAUAAAACCUUGACGUUUCGACCUACUUCAGUCUUUAUCAAAAUAUACCAGUUGUUCUCAUUUUCCCCUGUGACAACACCACAGUAGAAUCUGAUUUUUGAGUAUCAUUUUUGGAUUUUUUUUUCCAAAAUACUUUAUAUCAGAUGCAAAAUCUAAUGAGAUGAUUUUAUUAUACAUAAGCCAAGCGGCCUUAAGAAAUGAAAUGCUCAACACAUCUAUAAUUUGGAUGCUUUUGACAGGGAAUUAUUGAUCCUGAAGUUUAUUGAAUAUAAGUUGAAAAACCGUUAAAAACUUGAAUAAACUCAAAUAUUCAAAAAUGUUUAUGGAAUCUAUACCAAAAACCUCGCUUUAGAAUCGGAUCGGAAUGAUAUGUUUGUUAAAAAUUCUAUUAUGACAAAAAUUAUUAACGCUAUUUGAUCUUAUCGUACUACUACAUACAUUGAACAUUUGACAAUUUCUAAUAAAAAGACGUUACAUAAGAAAAUUUCAAAAACCCAAAUGUUUUCGUAUUGUAAUAUACUAGUUAUUUUGAACUUUUUGUUAUUCAUCACAUCACUCCAAGUUGGUAUUGUUUUUAUAAAAAUUCAAAAACAUGUCAAUUCUCUAGUAAUUAAAAAAAAACUUAGUUGUCAUGAUAGUAUUAACUGGUUGUUAGUGCUCUUAGAAGACGGACUCAACGAACUGUUUUUUAAAUAUCCGAUUUUUUUUAAAAAAAGUUAUGAGACUCAAUUUUGGACUACCCUGUAUAAAUUAGUAUAAAAAAUCCGUUCUUGUUAUGUAUUUUCCUUUCUCUAAUGUGUGAUAUAAUAUUUGCUUAAAAUAGUAUUGUCAUUGCCAUUUUUUCCUUUUAAUUUAACAAUAUUUACCUAUUAGACUAUUUCCUCUUCCCAUUUUUAUUUUAUUAAUUUUAGACUUUGUACUUUAUACCUAGUUAGAUUGAAUAUUAUAAACACCACAUUUUUAAGGGACGUGUGUCAAACAGUACUUGCGAAAUGUAACUUUUAACAAAAUACUCAGAAAUACAAAUUAAAAAACCAAAAAAGAAUACUCAAUAUUGCAGAUGAAGGAUUAUGUCCUAGUCUAGUAAAUGAAGGAUUAUGUCCUAGUCUAGCAUAUGAAGGAUUAUGUGCUAGUCUAGCAUAUGAAGUCUCUUUAAUGACUUGUGAGUGGUUUAUACACGUUUGUUUGAUAAUUACAACAUUUUGUGUAUAUUUCGCAACACCUGAAGCUCAUUAAAGCAAAUAUGACUUAAUUUUUCUUUCCCUUUUUCGAGAGUUUGAUUUUUUUAUGAUAUGGUAUUGAUUUGAAUGCAUAUUUUGCUUUUACAAAUUUAGUAACGAACUUUGACAAUAAUUAUAUAUGACCAAACUUGGAAAAGGGGUCAACUGAUGAACACAAAAAUUAGAGCCCUUAUUGGAUUUGCUUAGCAUCUCAAAAAUUGAUUUUUCGAUUAUUGCUCAAGUUAGGACAAUUUAAUAUUUUUAUGAUACCAUAUCGAUUUGAAAGCAAAUUUUGCUUUUACAAAUGUAGUAACGAACUUUGACAAUAAUUAUAUAUGACCAAACUUGGAAAAGGGGUCAACUGAUGAACACAAAAAUUAGAGCCCUUAUUGGAUUUGCUUAGCAUCUCACAAAUUGAUUUCUCGAUUAUUGUUCAAGUUAGGACAAUUUGAUAUUCAGUUAAACAUAAUUUAGCCAUUUUGCAUUAAAAUUAAAGCAAUUGAAAUUAUUAAUUCAAUAUUUAAUCAUAUUUUAUGUGCAACAUAUAAUUUGUAUUGUUUCGGGAUUUAUCUAAGCAGCAAAUAAGGUACAUUGCUACUUUUGAGUAGCAAAACUUUCUGAUUGUGAGUACACAGAAUUUUCUGUAUAAUUCUUCAUAUACAGUAGGUAUGGAUGAGUCGUUUUUAUGCACGUUUAAAGAUAAAGAUGAAAAUCAUAAGAAUUUAUACUUGACCAUUUUAAUAUCUACCCUACAUGCGAAAGUAUCACCUCAAACACUGUAAUUUCUCAUUAGCAAUUUUUUUCCAGAAAAUAAUAAUGUAUAUAUACUGAAGAGGGUUAACUUAUAUCUGUAGUUAUUGCAUUUAUUAAGUCUGCCGUCAAUUAAUUACUCCAGUUAUAUUCACAAAUUGAAACAAUUCAAAAAGUUCGUUGCAUCUUCCAACAUUUAUUCAUUUCUAAUGUUCGAUUGUAUUUAUUUGGUAAAAAAUUACACUUCUAACCUUAGUAAAUUCUGAUAAUACUUAUACAAACUAUUUAAAUCAUUAUUUUGAUCUUUUGUAAUAGUUAGAAUUCCAUUGUCUUGAACGUCUGUCCUCAGGUCGUAAGUAGGCGAGUGAAAUCCGUCUGGAAAGACCGUCAUUUAGUCUAGGGGAUGAAAUAAAUAAAUAUGACGCAAUGCCAGAAAGUUGAGUUUCCUGGCAUGUGUGAUAUAAAAGCAAAGACAAAGCCAAAUGGAAAUCCAACUUUCCAGUCUUGUGUUGUAAUAACAGGGCCGGAUUAAGAUUUAUAAGGCUCGGGGCCAAAAUAAUGAUGAGGUCCCCUUAAGGAAUUCGGAAACUCGGAUAUACAAGAGUAAUAAAAGUGAUAGGCAUUUCCAAUAAAUUAAUUAUACCACAUAUUUCCUGUAAAAAUAAUGUUUUCCAAAUGAAGGGGCCCUCUUGGACCUUGGGCACGGGGCUAUAGCCCCCCAAGCCACUAGCUCAAUCCGGCCCUGUGUAAUAUACUAUUUAAUAGCUCUCUGUAUAAUUUAUUAACAGUCGAAAGUGGUAUUUUGUUAAUUGUCCAUUUACUAGUACUCCCUUUGACUAUUAUGAUCCACUUUGACUUCUUUUUGUUUUAUUGCGAAAAAUAUGUUACACAUAUGUGAAUGAAUUGUUCAAAAUAUAUUUUUGUAAAAUGAAACUGUACUUAGUUUAUACUAUUUAAAUGUAACAUAUUUAUUUUUGACUAAUAUAUUGUACUAAUGUUUGUUUUAAAAAUUGUAUUUUGAAUUCUAGGAACUAUUUGUUGUUCUCACAUUUUUUUGAGAUAUGUAUUAUAUUAUUUGAAAGAAAAUCAAUUAAAUCUAGUCCAAAGAAAUAUUGUGACUCUAACUCCCGAAAUAUAAACCUGUUUAUGAA